CGACAUCAAACCCUCCCACCAGCGCAGACCUCCUCAGCGCGUGAGGCCCAAAAGUCCUUCUAUUGCCAACUGUGCUCUAAAGGAUACUCCCGUAUGAAUGAUUACGAGGCACAUCUCAGCAGCUAUGACCACAGCCACAAGCAGCGCCUCAAGGACAUGAAGGCCAUGGUCCGUGAUCCUCACGCGGGUUCACGUGCGCGCAAGGCCGAGGCCAAGGCAGACGGUCUUAUCAGCAUCAAACUCCCCGGCCAAGAAGGAUCCAGCAGUAGCGGCGGCGGUGGAGGCGGUUUUAAGAAGGGCGGCUUCAAGAAAAGCGGCUUUAAGAGCGCCUUCACUAAGGUUGAAGGCAGUGCAUCAGGGCCAGCAGUGGAGAAGCCCAAGCCAAAUAACGUCCUUGAGUCUGCUCCGGCGAACUUAGGUCUUCAGAAGAAUGUGUCUGCAGAGAGCGAUACUGAAGAUGAAGGCUACGAAGUCUACGACCCCAGGUUCCCUACGGAUUAA